AUUAACAAUAAGAAUGCACAAAUGCCCGCCCACUGUGCGGUAGUCAACUGUAGCGACAAAUACGUACAUUCCGGCAGCAUUUCCUUCCACAGAUUUCCGUUUAAGCGUAAGGAUUUGCUGCAAAAAUGGAAGGAAUUCACACAGCGCAGUGGCCAAUGGAUGCCCUCAAAGUGGAGUGCCGUCUGCAGCCGUCACUUUGUCGAUGCCGACUUCAGUUGCUGCAACAAUCGUAAGACGCUCAAAAAGAAUGCGGUACCCACGGUGCGUGUGGCAGCGACCGAGUCGCUCAACGUGAUUGUGGAGCAGGUGACGCUGCCACCGCCAGCAGCAGCCACAACAGCACCAACAGAGACGCCGCCUGUCAGUGGCACAAAGAGCACAUGCCGCUUUUGUGGAACUUCAGCUUUGAACUGCGUCUCCUUCGACAAGAGCUUUGAACUCUUCGGCAUGAUACAAAAGUGCUUUCCCACGCUACAAAUACUGCAGGACGACACACUGCCGCUGCCCAAGGACAUCUGUGGCGACUGCUGCCGCCAGCUGGAACGUUUUUCGCAGUUCUGCGAUGUUGUGAUGUUGGCGCAAAGUGAACUCCAGCGCAAAUAUCGCCGCCAGCUGAAGAUCAAGCAGGAGCCAGUGGUGCGUGUGAAGCAGGAGGCAUGCGAGAGCAUUGACAAUCUAUUUCCUGACGAACUGGACAUGGGACUGGAAGAGCACGAGCAGGAGGCCGAUGAUGAGACGGAGCACAAGUUUCCAUUCUGUGAUUUUCCCAUGCUCAAUGCGCAGGACAUUAUCAAUAAUUGUGACAUCAUGGAGAUUAUCAAUCUGGAUGAUCCAUUCAUCAACAUUACAGACGACGCAGAUCCGGUUAAUGCUGCCUCCGCAACUCUGCCUGCUUUGCCUAGCGUUAAUGAGAUGCUGCAGUCAGAGCUGCUCACCGAGGAACACAACUAUGCCAAGGAGGAUUGGCAGCUGCCGGCGUUGCAACAAUACAAAACCGAGAAGGUCGAAUGCGUCGAGAGUCAAGCGACGUCUACAGCCGAGCAAGCAGCCACAACUGAAGCAACGACGCGCAGCUCGAAGCCAAUUGUGACGAAUGUCAGCCAGAUUCCACAUCCAAUGCUCUGCAAGCUGCUGCCACCGCCACCUCCGCCGCCAACAACAACAACAGCAACGAGCAGCAAACCCAACAUUGUGGUGCUCAACGAUAGCGUUGUCAAAUCCUCCGCCUUUCGGCUACACAAUUGCACUUUGUGCACCACCAAGUUCUUCACCGCCGAGAGCCUCAAUCAGCACUAUGCACAGCUGCAUGCCACACCCGCCGAGACGGUGACGCCCAUGGUCAGUGUGCCACUGGAGGCAGCCGGCGCUGUAGCGGCAGCAACUCCAGCAACUGCCGCCUAUUGGCAAUCGGACUUGUUGCCACCUCAGCUGCCGGCCAAGAAGAAGAUCGACAUACUCGACAUGCAGCGCAGUUUCUUGCAUCACAACGAUCUCAUUGCGGCAGCAGCGCUCCCCACCUCCACCUCAGACUCCACCUCCGUUGCGUCCUGCAAUGUGGCAACCAGCACGCAACCGCAUAACGCAUACGCCCAGUUCGCCGAAAUCUAUCGGCGCUGUCGCCUGCGGUUGCGCCACCAAAACAAACGUGCCGUGCGCCUUCGCCUGCUGCGCUGUCGACAGUGCACACUUGGAUUUGGCAACGUGCAACAGCUGCUGUUGCAUCGCCAGCGCAAGAGGCACUUUGUGCUGCCGCCGCCACGCACGUUUGCCGUCAAGUGUCCAGGUUGCCAGCGUCUGUUGCGCACUCGCCUCGCGUUGCGGCAACACAUGCGAUACAUCUGCCACAAGUUGCCGUUGCGCAAUGCGCGCCUGCAGAGCUACAAGUGUCGCCAUUGUCGCAGCAUCAGUUUCACCCACUGGCGUUUCUAUCGCCGGCAUGAACUCAAGUGUCGUCUACGCCAACCUAGGGUCAAGACAACAGCAUCACCCUCGAAAGGUGCCACAAAGCGUCGCCCGUUGCCGUUGCCGUUGCCAUCGAAACGUGCCACACACAACUGCCCCGAUUGCGAGAAGACGUUCAGCUCGCAGACGGGACUCAAGCAGCAUCGCAUCACACACACUUCGGUGUGUCGCUACAAGUGCAGCAUCUGUGAUCGCGUCUUCAAGCGGCGCAACGGUCUUUCGCAGCACGUCAAGGGCUACCAUCUGCAGCUGAAGCCGCAUCAGUGUCCAGUCUGCCAGCAUCGCUAUGCUCUGAAGUGCGACAUGUUGCGAUGUCGCCACUCGCAACGACGCGGCGCCAACGAUAACCAAAAAACCUAAAACUGACUAUUCGAAAUAAAUAGAUUUUUAUACCACACAAAUAUAUCUUUGAACUGAUUUGUUGAGAGCGAAGUAUUAUUAUACUAUU